UCUCUUGCAGAGAACAAUGGCGACGAGUUUGUUCAGAAGGUCAGUACUGUCUAGGGUUUCAUCGUCGCCGGCGUCCAAGUUGCUGAGCGCUCGAGCGCACGCCUCCGAGGCUCAAGCCCAGCAGGUGGAGCCCACCGCUCGCGACUCCGCCUCCUUCAAGACCUUCCAAAUCUACCGAUGGAACCCCGACAAUCCUUCCAAGCCUCAGCUUCAGGAGUACCAGAUCAAUCUCCGCGAGUGUGGGCCCAUGGUCCUUGACGCUUUGAUCAAAAUCAAGAACGAGAUCGAUCCCACCGUCACUUUCCGCAGGUCAUGCCGGGAGGGAAUCUGCGGCUCCUGCGCCAUGAACAUUGAUGGCUGCAAUGGCUUAGCUUGCUUGACCAAGAUCCCUACGAGCUCUGCAACCACGAUCACUCCUUUGCCUCAUAUGUUCGUCAUCAAGGAUCUCGUCGUGGAUAUGACCAAUUUCUACAAUCAGUACAAGAGUAUUGAACCCUGGUUGAAGAGGAAGAACCCACCCCCCGUUCCUGGUAAGGAGGUACCUCAGAGCAAGAAGGAUAGGGCUAAGCUUGACGGGAUGUACGAGUGCAUAUUGUGUGCGUGCUGUAGCACAUCCUGCCCUAGCUACUGGUGGAAUCCCGAGUCGUAUCUGGGCCCCGCAGCUCUGCUCCACGCUAACAGGUGGAUCAGCGACAGUCGUGAUGAGUACACUAAAGAGCGAUUAGAGGCCAUUAACGAUGAAUUCAAGCUCUAUCGCUGCCACACCAUAAUGAACUGCACUCGUGCCUGUCCAAAGGGCUUGAGCCCUGGAAAGCAAAUCCAACAUAUCAAAAACCUUGAGAUGGGAUUGGCCAGGACUUGAGAUUCUAUUUCUAAUGUUAGAAGCGUGAUGAUGUGUGCAAUUGAUAAUUGAUUUCCAUUCAACGUGGGGGAUGAUAAUUUAGAUUGUUAAUAAAGCCUGCUCAAGUAUUUACGAGUCUGUUUUCUGUGAAUUUGGAGUUUUGAGCAUGUUACCCUUGUCUUCGAAACUAAGUGCUGAUAGAGAAUCCUAUCUCAUGAACUGGCAGCAGUCGUUCUGCUUAGAAGCUUAAUAUUCCGCCCGUGAGGUUAUAAAGCUGUGCUUGUAUCUCAAAUUGUCUUUGUCUCGUGACGGUUAAAUUUAUUUGACCGACUGUUUAUAAAGGUACGGGUGUCAGUAUUGGAGCACCUGGAUGUAAAAACAAUUCAAGAGUGCUGAUUUUGCAGCCAAUGCAUUACAUGGAGCGAUCAUAUCUUUGUUCUAAGGGUAGAGGAUUGACCUUUUUAUUGCUUGAAA